AUGGCAGCAAUCCAAUACGCGCCGUUCUCUUCCGAGAUCGAGCUUCCCUUUUACGCUGCCCUAUUUUCUUCCAAACUUGAACAUGACAAACUGGACGACUCGGCGCGUAGGGUACUGGGCCAGUAUACCCCGCUGCCGGUCGAGCCGGGCCAGAGCUGCAAGAUGUCCAUCCUGGGUAACGCGCUCAAGGCCGACCAGACUGAUGAGGAGAGUAGGCCCAACGAUGAGCACGUCCGCGGCGAGGGCUGGAUCAAGAACGUCAACACCAUCGAGGAUUUCAAAAACACCGACAAGCCUGCCAUGCUGAAGCUAGCUGCGCGGCAUAUCUGGGACGCGAUCAACGACGGCACUAUUUAUUCCGUACCGUCACUCCUCUCCUCCUUCACGAUUCUUUCCUACGCCGACCUGAAGAAGUACCGAUUUACAUACUGGUUCGCAUUUCCCGCGCUUCACUCAGACCCCCAGUGGAAACGAACAGGCCCUAUCGGUCGCCUUGACCCCAAAGAGAGCACGUCGUUGGUUGAUUGCGUAGGGACAUGGGCGGCGAACCGCGAUAAGCGCCAGAACGGCUUUUUCCUUGCGAAGAAGGCCCGUGGGGUUGAUGUCAGCGAUCUUGACAAGGAUGCCAACAGCGAUCUGCACGAUCUUAACGACACGUUUGGCUAUGUGUGGGAGGUUGCGAACUUGGGCGAAUUCGAAAACGGCUUUUUCGACGGCGUUGCUGAGGAGGACAGAUACGUUUCUUUCGUCGACCCUUCUACAUACCCCGAGAACCCAUCCUGGCCUCUCCGCAACCUGCUCUGGCUUGUUCGGCAGCGGUACCGUUUGACAAAGGUGCAGAUUCUCUGCUACAGAGACAUCAGAGCCAGUAGACACGCUGCCAGAAGCAUCAUUUUGCCUCUUGAGAUGGACCCUGUCGAGCCUCUUGCGGUUACUGAAAUGCCCAAGGUCACUGGGUGGGAGAGAGAUGCGGAGGGGAAGCUUCGAGCUAGACUCGCAAACCUCGGCGAGUACAUGGAUCCGGCACGUCUUGCAGACCAGUCCGUGGACCUGAAUCUCAAGCUCAUGAAGUGGCGCAUAUCACCAAACCUGGAUUUGGAUUCGAUCAAGAACAGCAAGUGCUUACUAUUGGGAGCCGGUACUCUGGGUAGCUACGUCUCCAGGAAUCUUAUGGGCUGGGGCGUGCGAAAGAUUACUUUUGUGGACUACGGCCGAGUCUCUUACUCUAACCCCGUACGACAGCCCCUAUUCAACUUUGCUGACUGCCUAGAGGGCGGAAAGCCCAAAGCGAUCCGCGCUGCAGAGGCACUGAAGGAGAUCUAUCCCGGGGUUGAAAGCGAGGGCCAUGCGUUGUCUGUUCCUAUGCUUGGUCAUCCCUUUACAGAUGAGGCGAAAACCAGAGCCGAUUUUGACAAGUUGAAGAAGCUCAUCGACGAGCAUGAUGCAGUCUUCCUCUUGAUGGACAGCAGAGAGUCGCGAUGGCUUCCGAGUGUGAUAGGAAAGGCUACAGGCAAGAUUGUGCUCAACGCUGCUCUCGGAUUCGACUCGUGGGUGGUUAUGCGACAUGGUGUUGAACCGGAGAAUGUUCAGCCAGAAGACAAGGAGCGUGCCACGCUUGGUUGCUACUUCUGCAAUGAUGUGGUUGCACCGGCUGAUUCACAAAAGGAUCAAACUCUCGACCAGCAGUGCACCGUUACACGGCCAGGUGUAGCGCCCAUGGCUUCGGCAGCUCUUGUUGAGCUUUUCGCCAGCUUGCAGCAGCAUCCUCUUAAGCAUCAUGCUGCGGCACCUCAUACCUCGAACGACGAAAAGGACCCCGUUGACCACGCUCUUGGGUUGGUCCCUCACACGGUUCGCGGUUACGUCCACAACUUCAGCAACAAAGUGAUCCGUGGUCAGUCAUACCCAUGCUGCAGCGCUUGUGGCCCUCCGGUGUUGGAUGCGUACAGGAAGGAUGGCUGGGCCUUUGUCAAGAAGGCUCUGCAAGAGAAAGACUACGUGGCGGAGCUGUCAGGGCUGGCGGAGGUACAGCGUGAGGCCGAGAGGCGGGCUGCUGCAAUGGAGAUUGAGGAUGAUGAGGAGUUUUUUGACGACGGCGAGGGUGAGUUGAUUUAA